AUGUCCUGUCAGAGCUCUGAAAUGUUUGCCUGUCAAGGACACCAUCCAGUUAGAGUGCGACCAAAGGAUGGAGAUGCCUACCCCCUUGGAGCAUUGCCCAUAGCAACGAAUGUCUGCUGUGUAGAGUUGAUACCAGGAGAGGGUUCAAGAAUUGUACACUCUGCUGGAACCACCGGAAUAGUGAAAAGAAAGAUGGAUAACAAAAUUGUCAUUCAACUGCCUUCCAAAAGGGAGAUUGCUCUUGAUGCCCGUUGUAUGGCAACUGUCGGGCGUAUUUCCAACAUAGACCACGGAAAGCAACCUAUUGGUUCGGCGCAGAGAAACCGAUGGCUGGGAAACAGACCCAGGUCUGGUCUGUGGCAACGCAAAGAUGGCCAUCAGGGAAGAAAGCUCAAGGCACCACCACCUGUACAAAUUUAUGCUAAACCGAAAGCAGAAAUACCCACGCUUACGUUAACCUUGACUGGUGAAAGGCAUCCGAAAAGACUAAUACCCUCUACUGACAGAGUCAGUUAAGGAGAAUUUCUUAACCUUUUAGGUUGCUGUUGUUGUAUGUAUAACAUUUUAUCUAAUGUAGUGGGAUUAAAAUAAAAAAUUUUGCAAGGUU